AUGGCCCCAGAUCUGGAACGUGUCGAUUCGGUGGACCCUGCAGAGACCUACGACUAUAUCAUCUGCGGUGGUACAUCUGGCUGCGUAAUAGCCGGUCGCCUUGCCCAAAACCUCAACGCCAGGAUCUUGGUACUAGAAGCGGGCCCUGAUAAUGCAAAUCUCGAAAAUGUGCACAUGGCUGGAGGCAAGAACUUCGACAGCGAAACAGAUUGGAACAUCAUAACGGAACCAAUGGACAAGGUAGACGGCCGGCAAGUCAAGGUUAGCAGAGGACGCUUUUUGGGAGGAUCCAGCGGCGUCAAUGGGACAGUGUGCAUACGCGGCACCAAGCAGGACUAUGAUGACUGGGGCUUGGAUGAGUGGACUGGUGACAAGAUGUUUGAAUAUAUGAAGAGGGCUGAAACCUUCCACGCAAAAGAGUGGCAUGAAGCCGAUAUGUCCGUCCAUGGCACCGCGGGGCCUCUGCAUAUCGAGCCCCACGAUCUGGCACCAAUCUCUGAACUCGUCAAAGAGAGUUGCAUUGAAGCAAGCCUUCAUUAUCACCCUGAUAUGUUCUCUACGGGCGAGACCGCUCACGGAUGCGGUCAUGUACCGAGGACAGUACACCAAGGCAUCAGGACGACUGCCGCAGAUUUCAUUACUAAGGAGUUUCGAAGAGCGAACAUUACGAUCAAGACAGAGGUCACAGUCGACAAAAUUCUUUUAGCCCAAGCUAACGGUGAAAUGAUUGUAACGGGUGUCGCUGCCAUUACAAAAGCUGGCAAGAAGGUUGAGUAUCAGGCCAGGAAAGAGGUUGUUGUCGCCGCAGGAGCUUAUUGCAGUCCUCCAAUCCUGAUGCGCUCGGGACUUGGGCCGAAGGAAGAACUGGAGAAGCACAACAUCGAAUGUUUUGUUGACCUACCUGGUGUGGGCGGCAACUUAAUGGACCAUGUCCUAUGCUUCAUCUUCUACGAAGUCUCAGAGCCAAAUCUCACGAAUGACCACCUAGUCUACCACGACAACGCUAUAGCCUCAACCUACCAGCUCUACCAAGAGAACAGGUCCGGCAUCCUCUCCACCUUCCCGUUCGGUAUCUUCGGUUACGCCCGCCUAGAUGAUCGUCUCAGCGACUCUGAGCUCUGGAAAAGCGCACCUCGAGAACCCGGCCGCGACCCGAUGGGCCUGACCCCGGGCCAACCCAACAUCGAAAUCUGGAACACAGAACUCUAUGGUGGACCCAAACAAUACGACGACUUUCCUGUCGACCACAAGCACGUUUUCGCCAUGUGCGCGUUGCUGUUCAACCAGCAUAGCAGAGGCAGCGUGAAACUAGCGUCUGCAGAUCCGCUACAGAACCCAAUUGUGGACCACAAGUACCUGGAUGAUCCGCUGGAUAUGCUGGUCAUGAGCGAGGGGUGUCGGUUUGCGAAUGAGAUAGUAAUGAAGGGCUCGGCGACAAAAGAUGUUAUCAAGGGAAGUUGGCCGCCGGAUCUGACACAUCACACGUAUACCAAGAGGGAAGAUUGGGAACCGCAUGUUAGAAAACAUGCUACAACUUGCUACCAUGCAUCUGGCACCUGCGCGAUGGGCGCCCCUGAUGACAAGAACGCUGUUCUGGAUUCGCGCCUACGUGUGCGUGGUGUGAGGAAUCUGCGCGUGGCCGAUGUAUCCUCGGUGCCCAAAGUCAAUAAUGGGCAUACGCAGAUGGUGGCAUAUGGAAUCGGAGAGGGUGCGGCGCAGAUCAUCAAAGAAGAUGCCAUGGUCAAGGGAAGAAGAAAUAGCUUCUUAAGGCUUACAGCCGAGAUCGAAGGAUACAAUUGUUAGUGAUGGGUCGUAUCAUAGAGAGCUCUGGCGAGAUAGUCGCAGGGAUACCAAGACCAAAUUGCUUAGUUAGU